AUGGCCAACUGGGUCUCCGAUCGCGGUUCCCAAAACAAGGUCAGCGUCUGCUGGUUGACCGAAGUGUGGUUGGCGGUUUUCCCUUCACGAUCAUGGUGUUGUGUCUUUGCAGAACACGCCCGAGCAGAAUGGGAUCUCCACAUGCAACUACCUCCGUGCCCUCGCAUCCGAGAGGGACGCUAUAUAGCUAUCUUACGUCUCCCCGUUGGUCGUCCCCGCCGCCGAGAACCAAUGCCACGCUUGUGGUUUCACCGUAAUACCAACGACCUAGAAUAUCAGAUCGCUCGAAGCGCUAGUCACGCCGAGGCGAUUUCUCAAUUCAUGGUUGUCUACGUGGUGACGUGGACGUUGAAUGUAUCUCCUGCCAAUGCGAAAAGAGUGUUUCCCCCUUCUGCGUCGCUGUGA